AUGCACUUUCUCUUGUCGCUGCAGGCCCAAGGCAGCCUUCAAGUGCUUCGGAUCAAAUCCAAGGGGAACCACCCAGUGGUCAAGCUCAAAAACGAAUUUUGCGCGUGUAGCCGUGGAAACUACGUGCAGAGAAUCUUCAGUUUCGCCAUCUUGAACAAAUGGUUCUUUGUGGUGACCAGAAGUGCUGGAUUGGUUCAACUUUAUGAGAAGCAAAAGUCUGUUCAAUCUUCUAUUGCCUACAAACUCGUCAAGGAGUGGAAGAACUCCACCAUGUCCACGAGGGACCCGGUCGUCGCAGUGGGCAGCUUCCGGAACCAGUACAUGUACACGUGCUCUAACGAGGGCAAGUUGGUCAUUAGAGACCUUAUCAAUGACGAUGCAGACGACAGCGUCAAGACUUACUUGAUUGACGGACCCAUUUCAAGCGUUCAAGUCAAGCCUCUCAAGGAGAGCAUGCGAAUUCUCGUGGCUGCGGGCGGCCAGGAUAACGAAUUAAAAUUGUAUGACUUGGACUUUGCUCUCUCCCCAGCAACAAACUUCAAUCGAGUAUAUUCGUUUGGAAUGCUGAGACCCAACAUAAACUCCAUGAUCAGGUUGACAAGUGCUUCGCCGGAUGGCCGUAGAAUGCGUCGCAGAGAUACCGCUCACUCUAAUUCAUACAUUGAGUGUAUGAGGUUGUUGCCGGUAUUCGUAGCUUCGCAUGACGAGGAAAUUUUGCUGCCUCUGCUCUGCGGUGACUGGAUUCUGAGUAUUGUGUUCGCUGAAAACGGGCCCAACAUCGUUUGCUGUGGAACUCAAUUUGGUGAUUUGCUAGUCUACCAAUGCACAGAUCCGUAUGACAAGGAAGAGCCGCAAAGGACGCUUCACUUGUCUCAGUUCCCGAUCAACACUCUACAUGUUUUCGGUCAAGGUCGCUACUUAUUGUAUACGGAUACCAUGUCUAAGGUUGGUGUGAUUGACAUUUAUUCUUUUGAGAUUGUCAACUUCUACGAUUACUUGAAAAUAGGACCCACCGUUAACACCAAGGUGUACAGUUGCCCGGAUUCAACAUCCAAGCUUCCAAAGGCAACGGCCUUGUCCAAGUUCAGGCCAGUGUACGUGGUGGCUACCACCAUAGACGGCAACUUGGUCAUCUACAAACUUCAUGACAAUAACGAAAGCGAGCUAAAGCUCUGCAUCAGUCACGCGGGCAUCAUUCCCGACUCGGACAUUAUCGAAAUGGAUGCUUAUAAUGUAUUGGAAAGUGUUUUUGGUGAAAUGCAUGAUAUAAUCGGGACGCCUACUAAGCGACGCAAGCGGGAGUCAGGGAUUGUGUCCCAAUUUCUCCAGUGUGGUUCUGGCCACCUGGGCCUGGGGUUGGCAGAUGCGAACGAAUGCACCAAUAUUGAUGAUGCAAAGGCCAUCAUUCAACUGGGCUUACCCAGCUGUUAG